CUGGGAAAAAAAAGAAUGAAUAAAGAUUUCACCUAACACUACGGAGCCAUUAAGGGGAAGUGAGCAGGUAAAAAGUUGGUAUCUUGUACACAGCAGAUUUUUUUCAUGAGCACCAGAUUGUAUCUCUACCGCACCAGGUCCAAUCUCAAUCACACCAGACAGGAUCUCGUUUAUACCAGAUAUGAUCUCAUCCACACCAGAUAUGAUCUCAUCCACACCAGAUAUGAUCUCGUCUGUACCAGAUAUGAUCUCAUCCACACCAGAUAUGAUCUCAUCCACACCAGAUAUGAUCUCAUCCACACCAGAUAUGAUCUCAUCCACACCAGAUAUGAUCUCAUCCACACCAGAUAUGAUCUCAUUCACACCAGAUAUGAUCUCAUCCACACCAGAUAUGAUCUCAUCCACACCAGAUAUGAUCUCAUCCACACCAGAUAUGAUCUCAUCCACACCAGAUAUGAUCUCGUCUGUACCAGAUAUGAUCUCGUCUGUACCAGAUAUGAUCUCAUCCACACCAGAUAUGAUCUCAUCCACACCAGAUAUGAUCUCAUCCACACCAGAUAUGAUCUCAUCCACACCAGAUAUGAUCUCAUUCACACCAGAUAUGAUCUCAUCCACACCAGAUAUGAUCUCAUCCACACCAGAUAUGAUCUCAUCCACACCAGAUAUGAUCUCAUCCACACCAGAUAUGAUCUCAUCCACACCAGAUAUGAUCUCAUCCACACCAGAUAUGACCUCAUCCACACCAGAUAUGAUCUCAUCCACACCAGAUAUGACCUCAUCCACACCAGAUACGAUCUCAUUCACACCAGAUAUGAUCUCAUCCACACCAGAUAUGAUCUCAUCCACACCAGAUACGAUCUCAUCCACACCAGAUACGAUCUCACCCACACCAGAUAUGACCUCAUCCACACCAGAUACGAUCCCAUCCACACCAGAUACGAUCCCAUCCACACCAGAUACGAUCCCAUCCACACCAGAUACGAUCCCAUCCACUCCAGAUACGAUUCCAUCCACACCAGAUACGAUCCCAUCCACUCCAGAUAUGAUCUCAUCCACACCAGAUAUGAUCUCGUCUGCACCAGAUAUGAUCCCAUCCACACCAGAUAUGAUCUCAUCCACACCAAAUAUGAUCUCGUCCACGCCAGAUAUGAUCUCGUCCACACCAGACAUUAUCUUGUUCACACCAGAUAUUACCUUGUAUAUGUUGUCUAAUUACCUAAA